CAUGCAGGACGGGAGUAUUGCUCUGCUGUUCUUCUCACUUCCUGAAGUAAAGGCUGCGCAAAUAUGUGGAAGUACAAACACAGGAUGACCUAACAAUCAGGACCUUUGACACGCCGUAUUAUCCUAUGUUAAAGAUUAAAGUCUCGGCUAAGCAUGCUCCUGUGGCAGUAUCUGAUAGCCCUCCUGCUUUUAACUCUGCAAACAUGCAAAGCUGAGAAAUGUGAUGAAUUUACCGAUCUGAAUAUUGCUCAUUCAAUCAUUGGCACCACCACCAGAGUUAACCUGCUGCUAUACACCAGAAUAAAUGGCACCUGCGGUACCCGCAUGUCCCACAGGGACCUAUCUGCCUAUCCCCAGUUCAACAUGUCCAAACCCACGACCUUCAUCAUUCAUGGGUAUCGGAUCACUGGAUCUCCGCCACGGUGGCUCAACAGGGUCAUUGAGCUGCUGCUGGUCAAGAAAGACAUGAACGUUAUAGUGGUAGACUGGAACUACGGAGCUGCGAAUCUGAACUAUUUUAAAGCAGUGAAGAACACACAGGAAGUAGCAACCAACAUCACAGCUUUCAUUAAAACAAUGCAGGAUCAUGGAACCAAUCUGAGCUCCAUCCACAUGAUUGGAGUGAGUCUUGGAGCUCAUAUAGCAGGCUUCACAGGUGCUAAGCUGAACGGAGAAAUUGGAAGAAUAUCAGCACUGGAUCCUGCUGGGCCUGAGUUCAAAGGCAAACCUCCAGAGGACCGACUGGACUCCACAGACGCACAGUUUGUGGAUGCCCUGCACACAGACAUAGAUAUGCUGGGAUUCAGAGAGCCUUUAGGUCACAUUGAUUUCUACGCUAAUGGAGGAGCAGACCAACCCGGCUGCCCACGGACCAUUUUCUCAAGAGGAAACUAUUUUAAAUGCGACCACCAGAGAUCGGUGUACCUCUACCUUGACUCUAUGAAUCACACAUGUGCCAGCAGGACAUACCCCUGCUCAUCCUAUAAAGACUUUCUGGAUGGCAAAUGCUUAACCUGCAGCCAGUUUGGUGCUGCCGGAUGUCCUGUCUUAGGUUAUGACAUCAUAGAUUGGAAAGACAUCCUGCUGAAACACAACCAAACAAAAACCUACUUCAAAACAAAUGGACAGUCUCCUUUCUGCAUGACAAACUACAGGAUGGAUGUGAUGACAUGGAACAAGGAUGUGCGGUGGGGAUACAUGACUGUUAAACUUCACGGUGAUGGUACACAAGCACUGGCAACCAUCAACCAUAAAUCAGAGUUCAAGAAGUUCACAGAGACCAGGCUCUUGUCCUCUUUUGACAAAGGCAUUCAGGCGGUGGAAAAGGUGUCUCUUAAAUUCUCCACUGGGAAUAUACUGCAGCCCAAAAAGAAGCUCAGAGUUCUCCGAAUCCGUCUCACAAACCUGGAACCUAAAGAGGACGCAAAGUCUCUGUGUCGAUACGACGUCCUUCUCGAGGAGAACAAAGAGGUCACCUUCAAGCCAAUUCCCUGCAAAGAAUCCAACUUUUGAGGAAAAAAUAAAAUCCCAAAACAUUUCACUGCAUGUACUGAGAGAAAUUCAUCUGAUUCCACAGUUCCUCCAGGAUUGUACAUGGAAAGAAUAACUGUGUAAUCAUCUGUGUUCCGAACCAACUGGCUGAGUGGGACCUUUUUGUGUGGAGUUUGUGUGUUUUUUCUGUGCCUGUGUGGGCACCACUUUCCUGGUACUCUGUGUCCAUCCCACAGCCUAAAGACAUGCACUGGGUUAAUUUAACUGGAGAUUCUAAAUUGGCUGUGAGUGUGAAUGUGAGUAUGAAUGGUUGUCGGUCCCUUUUAUGAGUAAUAUAGACUGGUGAUUUGUCCAGGGUGUACCCUACCUUUAACAGCUGGGAUAGGCUCCAGCCCCCUGCAAUUCUAAACUGGAUAAGUAGAAGAUGGAUAAAUAUUGUGAAUUAUGGAUUAUGGCUGAUUAGGUAGUACUCAGGUAGACAGAUAACUUGCAGAUCAUGCCAGUAUAUUCAAAGCCAAUGUUAUUAUUUUGUGGAGCCACGAAUGUCUAACAUAUAAAUGUAUAAAGAGUGAAAACUGGCAUAUUUACUUUUUUUGUUGGAUAACCUAUGACUGCUGAUUUUUAUUCAUGUACUGAACCUUUUUACUUGUAUUUGCUUGUGUUGACUUUUUUCUAUGCCAAUUGCAUUUUUUAACAUACAUAUAUCACUAGUGACUAUAUUUAUGUUUAAUAAACACACAAUAAACUUCA